GCAUGAGCUGCAACUGCAGCCGUGCUGUAUCUCUUUUUCCCUAGACUUCAAUAAACAAAUGAUGUUCGGUAAUAGACAAUCUUGAAUGAAUAAUUAGAUGAGAUGGGCACCAACCUCGACGUCUGGGUCGCAGGCGCCAUCGCAGCAGUAACAGUCGACUUCAUCGUCUACCCCUUCGACACUCUCAAAACACGCAUCCAGUCCCCGGACUACAACAGAAUCUACAAGGAUGCAAGCACGGGGGCUAUCCGCAAGAAUGUCCUCUUUAGGGGUUUGUACCAGGGUGUGUGGAGUGUUGUGUUAGCGACUAUUCCUUCUUCAGGAGCAUUCUUCACAACCUACGAAUCCGUAAAACGCCUCCUCGGCGAUACCCCAUCCUCCCCAUCAACAUCAACCUCAAAUUCCAAACGCCCAUUCACCCUCCCCACCCCGCUAAUCCACGGCCUAGCCUCCUCAACCGCAGAAAUGGUCUCCUGCGCAAUCCUCACCCCCGCAGAAGUGAUCAAGCAAAACGCACAAGUCAUCAACAUUUCCCCCUCCCCCUCCUCCUCUUCAUCCAAGUCAGCCAAAACCAAAAGCGCCACCGCGCAAGUCCUCGCCAAAUUCAGAAACCAGCCCUGGAAGCUCUGGAGCGGGUACACCGCGCUCGUGGGACGCAAUCUGCCGGCUACGGGGCUGAAUUUUCCGAUACUGGAGUUUGUGAAGGGGUGGUUGGUUUCUUGGAGGGAGGAGGUGGUGGUUGGGAGGAGGAGGGUGCGUCAUGGAGAGCAGGGGAGUCGAGAGGGAGGAGGAGGGGGGAAAGAAGGAAGACGGUUCAACCCCAUUGUUGAAACGGCGCUGUUAACGGGUUUAGCGGCGAGUGUAUCAGGGACGAUUUCAUCUAUCGUCACUACGCCUAUCGAUGUAGUCAAGACGAGGAUGAUGUUGAGCGCUACUUCUUCCCCAUCUGACGGAAAGAGCGAGGAAAGUACCGGCAAACAGGCCGAGAUCCAAACGAGGAAAAAAGAGAAAUUAAAAAAAGCAGCCCGGCGAGGCACGAUAGCCAUGGGCCGACAGAUCUGGACGCAAGAAGGAUUGAAAGGUCUGUUCCGCGGUGGAGCGGUACGCUCGGUUUGGACGGCGCUGGGGAUGAGUAUUUAUCUGGGGUUUUAUGAGGGGGGGAGGCUUUAUCUUGAGGAUAGACGGACGAGGAGGGAGGAAGGUGAGGGGGCUGCUUUGUAG